UUUAAUAAUAAAAUCGGAAUUUCUUUCGAUAGAAAUUAAAUAAUGAAAAAUUACAACAGACAUCAACUCGCGUAAAAAUUUAAAACGAUCUCGAUAGGGGAUGCUUUUGUUGGUAUAAUGGUUCCGGUUCCGGUUUGCGAAGUAUUUUUAAGUAGUAAUGUUAACUUGUAAAUUUUUUUUUAAUUAAAAUGGAAAGUUUGCCGGAUGCUGAAAAUGAUUGCCAAGAAAAUGCUGUAACAUGUCAGAAAUGACGGGAGAAGAACUGAAACCCCGUCAGUUUUAAGCAGAUUGUAUUGGCUGUAUGAAGGAAAAUGAAUGGAAUUGCCCUGUUCAUGGACUUUCCAUUGAUAUUGAGCCAGUUCAGAUUCCAUCAACUGAACUAAAUAUAAAAUCCAUUCCUCUACCUGCAAAAUUAUAUUUGAAAAAAUUAGAGCAGUCUGAAACAGAAUAUAGAAUAUGGUCUAAUGCAGAAAUUCCCAAGAAUACAAUCUUUGGACCAUAUAAAUGUAACGUUGUUUAUAAUCCAGAUAGAGUGCAAUCUAAUGGAUUUUGUUUACAGGUUUCUAAGAAUGGAUUAAUUGAUCAUUACUUGGUUAGUGAGGAUGAAACUUCUGCAUAUUGGCUAAGAUAUAUUAGUUACACUUAUUGUGAGGAAGAACAAAAUUUAUUGAUAUUACAACAAAAGGAGAGUAUUUAUUAUAUAACUUGUAAAACAAUUCCUCCUGAAUCAAAACUUUUACUUUAUCGUGUACAUAAAUACACAAAUCAAUUUGAAAUUGAAGAAGGAAAUGCAAAUUUAAAUUCAGAAGAUCAAUUAAUUCAUUAUUCAGAUGAAUUUAGCAAAUUUAAAGCUAUGAACAAUUUCAAAAAUCUAAAUCAAAUAAAAAUAGAGAGAAAUAUAUUUGUAAAUAAUAAAGAAAUUCCAGAAACAAUACAAGUUAAAUCAUAUAAGGAAAUACUAUCAAAAGGUAAACCUUUUAAUUGUAAUAGUUGUGGGAAAACAUUUACACGUCUAAGUGCAUUUGAAAUACAUUAUAGAAUUCAUACUGGUGAAAGACCAUAUCAAUGUAGUAUAUGUGAAAGAAGAUUUACACAGAAACAUCAUCUUAAAGGACAUAUGUUGAUCCAUACUGGUGAAGGACCACAUGCAUGUGAUAUUUGUGGAAGAAAAUUUAUGCAAAAAAGUCAUGUGAAAGUACAUAAGUUAAUUCAUUCAGAUGAAGCACCUUACAUGUGUGAUACUUGUGGGAAAAGGUUUACACGUAGUAGUCAUUUACAACGGCAUCAACAAACACAUAUGAGUGAAAAGCCAUUUGCUUGUAACUUUUGUGAUAAAAAGUUCAGUGAAAAAAGAGCAUUAAUGGAUCACACUCAAGUACAUACUGGAGAAAGACCUUAUAGAUGUGAUAUAUGUUUUAAAACAUUUGUGUGGAGAACUAAUUUAAGAAGACACAAACAGAGUCAUAAACAAGAAAUGCUGUACAAAUGUGAAAUUUGUGAUAAACAGUUUGCACAGAAACAUAAUCUUCAUAAACAUGCAUUGAUUCAUACUGAUAAAAAACCUCAUGAAUGUGAAAUAUGUAAAAAAAGAUUCAGAUGGACAAAUGAUCUUAAAAGACAUAAAAUAACCCAUUCAGUAGAGAGAUUCUUUUCAUGUGGAAAAUGCAGUAAAAAGUUUUCACAGAAACAUAAUCUUGAAAAGCAUCUGGAAAUGCAUGUGAAUGAAAAACCUGAAUAAAUAUGGAAAUAAUUCCAUAUAAGAAACUUUAAAUAAAUUCAUAAUAUUCAGAUAUUGAAAAUAAUUUAUUUAAUAGCUUAUUUUGCAUUCAGGUAAAAGAUACUGAAAAAUGUUUAUUUCAAAUCUUUGAAAUUGUUGUAAAAGUAUAGAUUAAUUCAAUUGAUGUAAUUCUGUUUUACAAUUAAUAUUAUAAGAAAAAUUUAUAUUUUUUAUUACUAUUUAUAUUAAUAGUAACUAAAUGUCAUAAGACAUGUUUCUGUUCUAAAUUAAUGAGGCUAUUAUCUUAUAUAAUAGUAGAAAUAAUGUGUUUUCUGAUGAUAAAUAUUUAUUUUAUCUUAUGUAUUGCUUUUGCUCAAUACUGAAACUGCAUUCCUUAAGUAUUAACAUUAUAAAAAAUCAUGAAUAAAAAAGUAUAAUGAAAU